GCGCCAGAUCUGACUGAGCGCUAGCUGAGCCUUACUGUCUGCCCUGAAGAACUGAAGAAUCAACAACUUUAAAAUGGUGUUUAUUGAUAAUAUUACGACAAUUGUAGGUGUCACGGUGUUUGUGACACUUGCAAUUCGUCUGUACAUCCGAGUAACUCAGACAUUUGCCCAAGUUGAAGGUUGUACAAUGGAAGGAAGGACAAUACUCGUUACUGGUGGAAGCGACGGUAUUGGAAAGGCAACGGUCAAACUUCUUGCUGCAAAGAGGGCAAGGGUCAUCAUUGCUUGCCGUAAUGUUGAAAAGGGAGCUGCAACUCGGGAUGAAAUCAUCGCUGCUACUGGCUACUCGAACAUCUCGGUGAUGAAGUUGGACCUGUCCUCACUUCAGUCUAUACGCACCUUUGUAAGGGAGUUCAAGCAGGAGGAACACAGACUAGAUGUCCUUAUCAAUAAUGCUGGAAUACUUGCUCCUGCCAAAAAGACGAUAACAGAGGAUGGAUUGGAAUUGACAUAUGCCACAAACCAUUUUGGACCAUUUCUUUUAACAAACCUACUACUUGACUUGUUAAAGAAGACUGGUCCUGGUCGUAUCAUCAAUGUCAGCUCUGUUGUGUAUACAAUGGGUAGCAUUGACUUUGAUAAUCUUUGUGCGGAGAGGAGUUACAGCAGCUAUACGAUCUAUGGACACACCAAGCUAGCUAAUAUCCUUUUCACAAAAGAACUGAGCCAGAGAUUACAGGGAACAGGUAUAACUGUUAAUUGUCUUCACCCUGGGACUGUGAGGACAGCUCUUCUGAACUAUAGACCACACCUGAAAGUUAUUUCUUUCAUCUUUGGAUCUCUUUUCUGGAAGGAUCCUGAGGUAGGAGCACAGACCUCUCUCUACCUGGCUGUAUCGGGAGAGGUCAACGGGGUCACUGGUCAGUACUUUGACAACUGUCGUCCUGUAGUUCCAUCAGCAAAGGCAAGGGAUGAUGGGGUAGCGAGGAAACUCUGGGAGGUCAGCGAAAAGCUUACUGGUCUAGCACAAUGAUAAAAAGUGUCCUUUUGUUUAAUAGAAGUAAAUUAUUGAUCUGUUCACAUAAUGAUACCUAUGUUUUAGGGUUGAUUCGAAAAUGAUUUUUAUAUAAGGCCUAAAAAAAAAAUUGAUGACUUGGCGUAACGGGUCACUGAAAAUUAGGGUAGGUAGGGCGAUAUUUUUGUUUUU